GGCGGCCGGCGACGGCGGGUGAGGAUGAAGAAGGGCAUGGCGCGGCGGCGAGCGGGCGCCUGCCGGGCCUCCUCCGCGGCUCGGCGCCCGAGGUCGGAGGCGGGGAUACGCAGAGCUGGGGCUGGAGGGGGCCGUUCUAACAGCCAGCGCGGGCUCGGAGUUCGGGGGUCGCUCCAGAGUUCGUCCUCCCGCCUCAGAAAUAGGACCUGCAAGUUUGGUCGUAGGAUUUUAGAAUUUUGGCUCCUGGAAGGACCUCGGCCAUAACCCAUCCCUUUACCGGACGCGAAAACCUAGGCUCCCCCGCCCUGUGCCGAGCAGAACCCCCUACCUGUGUGAGGACCGACGCUUUGUGGAUAAGAAUGUGAGAAAGAUCUCUGCAGUAUGAGGAAUGGAUGAAGGAAGGAAAGAAUGGAAGCAAGAGAGAUCAAGUAGAAGGUUGUUGCAGUCAUCCAGGAGCCAUGUGUGACCAGGACUGGGGGAUGGUCGUACUCAUGCUGGAGACUCUUGUGAGGAGAUGAGUUGGUGAACAGAGAAGCCAGCAUGAAGAUGCUUCCCGGAGUGGGCGUGUUUGGGACUGGCAGCUCUGCCCGGGUUCUGGUCCCACUGCUGCGGGCAGAAGGGUUCACGGUGGAGGCCCUGUGGGGGAAGACUGAGGAGGAGGCGAAGCAGCUUGCCGAGGAGAUGAACAUCACCUUCUACACCAGCCGGACCGAUGACGUCUUGCUGCAUCAAGACGUGGAUCUGGUGUGCAUCAACAUCCCCCCUCCGCUUACCCGACAGAUAUCUGUGAAGGCUCUAGGCAUUGGGAAGAAUGUGGUUUGUGAGAAGGCAGCAACCUCGGUGGAUGCCUUCCGGAUGGUGACAGCCUCGCGCUACUACCCACAGCUGAUGAGCCUGGUGGGGAACGUGCUGCGCUUCCUGCCUGCCUUCGUGCGCAUGAAGCAGCUGAUUGCUGAGCACUACGUGGGUGCAGUGAUGAUCUGUGAUGCCCGCGUCUACUCGGGCAGCCUGCUCAGCCCCAACUACGGCUGGAUCUGUGAUGAGCUCAUGGGCGGUGGGGGCCUGCACACCAUGGGCACCUACAUUGUGGACCUGCUGACCCACCUGACUGGCCAGAAAGCCGAGAAGGUACAUGGGCUGCUCAAGACCUUUGUGAGGCAGAAUGCAGCCAUCCGUGGCAUCCGGCAUGUCACCAGCGAUGACUUCUGUUUCUUCCAGAUGCUUAUGGGUGGGGGUGUGUGCAGCACAGUAACACUCAACUUCAACAUGCCAGGCGCCUUUGUGCACGAGGUCAUGGUGGUGGGCUCUGCGGGACGCCUUGUUGCCCGGGGAGCUGACCUCUACGGGCAGAAGAACUCUGCCACACAAGAGGAGCUGCUGCUGAGGGACUCGCUGGCUGUGGGCACGGGGCUCCCCGAGCAGGGGCCCCAGGAUGUCCCGCUGCUUUACCUGAAGGGCAUGGUCUACAUGGUGCAGGCCCUGCGCCAGUCCUUCCAGGGGCAGGGGGACCGCCGCACGUGGGACCAUACCCCCGUCUCCAUGGCCGCCUCAUUCGAGGAUGGGCUCUACAUGCAGAGCGUGGUGGAUGCCAUCAAACGGUCGAGCCGAUCCGGGGAGUGGGAGGCUGUGGAGGUGCUGACGGAGGAGCCCGACGCCAACCAGAACCUGUGUGAGGCGCUCCAGCGGAAUAACCUGUCAACUUGGGCAGAGUUGAAUUCGGGUGAAUCUGAAGGUGGCCCCAGGAGAACGCCCCCUCCAGUGCUCAUUUACUCCUCAGACUGGUGAGGCGGUGCUGUUCCUAUUGCCAUGGCUGAGAGGGCCGGCACACUGCACAGGGCGGAGCUGCCCCCAGUGUGUGAGCAGUUCCAGCAAAGGCUUGACUUGGGGGCUUCAUCAGCCUAUUUGUGGUCUUAACUGGAUGAGAAAGCACAGCAAGGAGCCAGCUUGGCUUGAUUCCUCAGGCCUGAGGAGAAAUGACAAGAGGCCUUGUUUCCAUGCCCGUCCUGGGCUGGGGCAUCUCAGGAAUGGUGAGGGCAGGAAGUCAUCCCUCAGGGAUCUGCACCUGCCCUCGCUCCCAUGUGACCAAGCCCUUCCGGCCUGCAGGCUGCCCCUUCCCUGGCGGGGAGGAGGGGUUCUGUAGUAAAUGAGCUCUCAGGGGCUGUUGACCUAGGGCAGAGGGCCCCUGAGUUGGCAGAGAGGAGACAAGGGAGAGCUCUGGGACAUCUGAUAAAUGUUAAUAAAUCAGAAAGUCUGACACUG